AGAGCACAAAGGCUGAGAUUAAUAGCCAGUUUUCUCUUCCCUUCCUUUCCCUUCUACUCGUUUGCAAUCUUAGUCUUGUUUGGUUCAUUUUUUUUUCUCUGAUUCGUCCUCUCAUUUUUGCCCCCAAAAGAAAAUGUUUAUUGAUAAGUUUAAGGUUGAGAGCCCUAAUGUUAAGUACACAGACGACGAGAUUCACUCUGUAUACAACUAUGAGACCACUGAGCUUGUUCAUGAGAACAGGAGUGGUACUUAUCAAUGGAUUGUCAAGCCUAAAACUAUCAAAUAUGAAUUCAAGACCGAUACCCAUGUCCCUAAACUAGGGGUUAUGCUUGUGGGGUGGGGAGGAAACAAUGGUUCUACUCUCACCGGUGGGGUUAUAGCCAACCGAGAAGGAAUUUCAUGGGCAACCAAGGACAAAGUGCAGCAGGCAAAUUACUUUGGCUCACUCACUCAAGCGUCAUCAAUCCGAGUUGGGUCUUUCAAUGGAGAGGAGAUAUAUUCUCCGUUUAAGAGCCUCCUCCCUAUGGUGAACCCUGAUGACAUCGUGUUUGGUGGUUGGGACAUAAGUGACAUGAACUUGGCGGAUGCCAUGGCCAGGGCCAAGGUCUUUGACAUUGAUCUUCAGAAGCAACUGAGGCCCUACAUGGAAUCUAGGGUCCCACUCCCUGGAAUCUUUGACCCUGAUUUCAUUGCUGCCAAUCAAGGCUCACGUGCCAACAACGUGAUCAAAGGGACUAGGAAAGAGCAAGUCCAGCAAGUUGUUAAAGACAUUAGGGAGUUUAAGGAGAAAAACAAGGUGGACAAGGUGGUUGUUCUGUGGACUGCCAACACUGAGAGGUACAGUAAUGUUGUUGUGGGCCUAAAUGACACCAUGGAGAACCUCUUGGCUGCUUUGGAGAGAAAUGAAGCUGAAAUAUCUCCAUCAACCUUGUAUGCUUUGGCUUGUGUUUUUGAAGAAGUUCCUUUCAUUAAUGGAAGCCCACAGAACACUUUUGUUCCAGGCCUUAUUGAUUUGGCUAUUAAGAGUAACAGUUUGAUUGGUGGAGAUGACUUCAAGAGUGGUCAGACCAAGAUGAAAUCUGUACUGGUUGAUUUCCUUGUGGGGGCUGGUAUUAAGCCAACAUCAAUAGUCAGUUACAACCAUCUGGGGAAUAAUGACGGGAUGAACCUGUCAGCACCUCAAACUUUCCGUUCCAAGGAAAUCUCCAAAAGCAAUGUUGUUGAUGACAUGGUCUCUAGCAAUGGCAUCCUCUAUGAACCUGGGGAACAUCCUGACCAUGUUGUAGUCAUCAAAUAUGUUCCAUACUUGGGAGAUAGCAAAAGAGCUAUGGACGAGUACACUUCAGAGAUUUUUAUGGGUGGCAAAAACACCAUAGUCCUGCACAACACCUGCGAGGACUCUCUCUUGGCUGCACCCAUCAUCCUGGAUUUGGUCCUCCUUGCUGAGCUCAGCACCAGGAUCCAGCUUAAAGCCGAAGGGGAGGGCAAGUUCCACUCCUUCCACCCCGUGGCUACCAUUCUCAGUUACCUCACCAAGGCUCCUCUUGUUCCACCAGGCACACCAGUGGUGAAUGCACUGGCAAAGCAGCGUGCAAUGCUUGAGAACAUACUGAGAGCUUGUGUUGGCUUGGCUCCUGAGAACAACAUGAUUUUGGAAUACAAGUGAAAGAACACUAGAGGAGGAAAAUAGUGGAAGGAAGGAGAUCGGUCCAGGAGCUAAAAGAGCCAUCUCCCUUGUUUCACUGAUUCUAUUGUUAAUGGCCUUCAUAUAUGUAAUAUUUGUGUGAUAUUGCCAUUUAAUUUUUCCAUUUAUGGAUUUUGUGUUCAUUUCUUUUUUGCUUUGGUCAGUGGCUUUAGGUCUGUUUAUUGACCAGGCACCUUCUUUUGUCCUGGAAGUAGUAGGUUUAUAUAUAUAUAAAAUAAAAUAUGGAGCUUUUCCUCUGGUUUA